ACAAAAAUUUCUAAUUGUGCAUCUCUAUGAAUUUGGAACACUGUUUGUGGUUUUCAUGUUCUUUUUCUUUGUUUCUCUGUACUACCUUUGUAGGGUUGUUGUACUUGCCGUGGUUUUACGGAGAACGGAACGAUUGUAAAAUCAUAAAGAGGAGAAGCCUUGCCCUGCUCUCCCUUGGAACUUUUUUUUAUUCUGUUACAGAUUUCGUCAUUAUUUCUUACUUGUUUGAACUAAAUGAAGAGCAGAAGAAACUUGUGCGCACUUCCAGCUUGGCUAACUUUUUCGACUCGUUUUCGCCCAUUUUGCUUUUGUUUCUGGGUCCUUUUUCGUUGAAUAUUAUAGAAAUUGUAACAUAUUACUUGCGAGGCGUGUCUAUAGAAGAAAGUUUGAAACUUUCGUUGCCAUUAUUAGGACAAGACUCUUGGAUAAUUGUUCGCAACCUAAUAGUGGCUCCUGUAUCGGAAGAGCUAGUGUUUAGAGGCUGUAUUUGUAAGUUACUUUCUUUUUGUACAAGUUCUCGUUCGGCAGUAUUGUUAUCUUCUGCUUUCUUCGCAGCAAGUCAUUGUCAUCAUUUUAUCUAUAGGAAUUUUGUUUACAACAGUCUCCGUACAGCCAUAUUAGAGACAGUUAUACAGUUUUUAUAUACGUUCUUGUUUGGUGUCUACUCAGCUUGGGUAUUUAUCCGGUCUAGAAGAGUUAUUACUAGCAUAUGUCUACAUUCGUUUUGUAACUUCGUUGGGACUCCAGACUUGAGCAAAAUAUGGUCUCACUGUUAUCGGUGGCCUUUGUUAUUGACUUAUUUCAUCGGCAUAUCUCUUUUCUUGCACUCUGUGUUUCAUGUUUCUUAAAAGAACGACAUUUCUAAGAACUUUCGACAUGAAAAUAUUGGAGAGUAUUAUAGUAUUUGCUGAUGGUUUUCACUCAAACGAGGGAAAAAUUUCUUGUUCUUUAUUAGGAGUAACGUGGAGAACAUUUUGGCCAGUUCUUAACUUGUCUCAUGACGGGUACACAGAAAAGUUGAAUAAAACCAUCCGGAAGCAUUAAAUAGCUUUGGAACUUCAGUUUUUACAAUUAU